AUGCCUCAUGUGCCAGGCAGUGCGCGUGCGAGGCGACGCUCUACUCAGACCGGCGAGCAUGUCAAGCAUCGCAGAACGCGAAGCGGCUGCUAUACCUGCAGGAACAGGCGGGUCAAGUGUGACGAGAUGCAUCCCAUCUGCGAGCGCUGCCGAAAGGGCAACAGAGAUUGUGUAUAUCCGGAGCCCUCAACCUCGUCAAAGUCAAGUCGGAGUGGGGCCAAAUCGAAGUCAUCGCCCGAAGAGAAUGGGUCCUCGGGGGAAGAGUAUGAUCACGACCCGAAGGAACUACUGCCACCAAUUCCAGAUGACGAUGAGCAUGGCGAAGGCCGCCUUCCAGAGCUGUACUCUGUGAGCCGCAGGUCGACUACGCAGUCGCUUCGAGAACCCUCAGAUACGCCGUCACUAACUCAUGAUCGAAGCCCAUCACCUUCAACAGAGGGAUCGACGACCGUUACAGUUCCCACAUCUCGACCUUCUCUUUCUCGCUCGGCUAGCAUGCAGGCAGCAAAACAAGCAGCAUCGAAUCGUCCUUGGCCAGAGCUACCACAGGACGUCAAAUUCUACCUCAACUUCCAUCGCACCAAAAUGUCUCACCACCAUUAUUGCUUCAAGCGAGACCAUGAGUCUUUCCUGAAGACGACGUUUCUGGAAAUUGCGGUGAAGAAUGAGCCCCUGCUGUACGCCGUGGUUGGGUUUGCUGCGUAUUACCAUACUCUUACGAAACCGGACGGCAAGCUUCAAAAUUUUCUGAAGUACUACAACAAAUCUGUUUCUUUACUUAGGCAGUCUCUCUUGAAGAAUAAGAAGCACGGACUAGCGACUCUGUUGACUAUCCUACAGCUUGCUAGCAUUGAGGAGCUACUAGGAGACUGGAUAAAUCUCAUGGGACAUCAAAAGGCUGCAUAUCAGAUUUUGACUAAACUCUACUCUCCACAGACGAUAAUGCAGAGCGAAACUCUACGGAAGACACUGCUUUGGUACAUACGGUUCGACCUCUUCGUGGGGUUCCAAUCCAACCACGAAACUGUUCUAGGCCGGGACUGGUUUGACGCUUGCCAUGUCUACUACGUACAACGCCUUCGCGACAGCCCGAAUGAUCUGACAAUGAAGUUCGAAGAACGGUUCUCGUACUCUCGCCUCCUAGCUACCGAUACUGCCAUCCUGUUUGCGAAGAAGGGGAAGGGAGACAUAGGGGAUGAAGACUUCGCUGCACAGUUCGCCGAGAUAACUAGUCGCUACGAAAACUACGAAAAAGACAUCGAUCCCGCACUUCUAGAUCCUAAUGCUUUCAUCACAGAUUUCUCCGGAGCACCACCACGGCAUCCGGAUGAUCCAGUCGACCCGUAUGAUCCACAUAAUAUCAGGGGUGGCGAACUAUGGACGACAAACUACCUAUUACUCGAUUUCUGGGCUAUAGACCUGAUGUUCAAGCUGAUGACCUCAAUGGCUCUACGCCAGCCAUUCUCGGAAGAAACCGUCCGGAGAGCCUACAAAACUUGCCAGAUGUUCGAAGCCAUCGAACUGUAUCCGCACUCCCCGCCCGGUGCUCUCAUAGAAGCACAAGCUAGUUUCGGAAUCGCAACUCUCUUCCUGCCGAAAGACCAGAGGCAUAUUACAUGGCUCCGUCAUAAGCUUGCCAAGAUCGAGACUUCUGGCUACAUCUACCCCGCCACCUUCCGCACGCGCAUGACAGACGACUGGGGCAUCGACGUGACGAGAUGGUGGUUCCCCAACGACGAGGGCUGCCCACCUAUCGUGCGCUCCAUCAAGGAGUUCAGCCACGACCGCACCACGGAGCCCAAGGACCAGAUCUCGGAAGACCUCCGCGACAUGAAGGGCCUCUUCAGCAGCCUCUCGCUCGGCGACUCGCCAGAUAAGCCGCCGAGCAUCUCGGGCCUGGAGGCCGGGACGGAGAUUAGCCCCACGAGCAUGGCUGGGCCGAUGGAUCUAGACGAGGCGCUCAUUUAUACCGGCGGCAGCCCGGACUUUGGGUGGGACGUUGAGGGCGAGGGGUUUGGUGGGGUCUACGGGGUGCAGUAG